UGGGUCCUCUUGGAGGGAGCGCGGCUCCUCGACCACCAGCGGCCGAACUCCCUCUGCCUUCUGCUAGAGAUGCUCUUCCUUUCGUUUCAUGCAGGCUCCUGGGAAAGCUGGUGCUGCUGCUGCUGCUGCUGCCUGAUUCCACCCGACAGUCCUUGGAACCCGGGCUGGCGCAGGAGUCUGGAGAUGGCUGAUACUCGGUCUGUCCAUGAAACCAGGUUCGAGGCUGCGGUGAAGGUGAUCCAAAGUUUGCCGCAAAAUGGUUCAUUCCAGCCAACAAAUGAAAUGAUGCUCAAGUUUUAUAGCUUCUAUAAACAAGCUACUGAAGGACCCUGUAAAUUGUCAAGGCCUGGAUUCUGGGAUCCUAUUGGAAGAUACAAAUGGGAUGCUUGGAGUUCUUUGGGUGAUAUGCCCAAAGAGGAAGCCAUGAUUGCAUAUGUUGAAGAAAUGAAAAAGAUUCUUGAGACUAUGCCAAUGACUGAGAAAGUUGAAGAAUUGCUGCAUGUCAUAGGACCCUUUUAUGAAAUCGUAGAGGACAAAAAGAGUGGCAGGACUUCUGAUUUAACCUCAGUCCGAUUGGAGAAAAUCUCUAAGUAUUUAGAAGAUAUUGGUAAUGUUCUAACUAAUCCAACUACCAAAACUGUGAACGGUAAAGCUGAGAGUAGUGAUAGUGGAGCUGAGUCAGAGGAAGAAGACGCUAGAGAAGACGGGAAAGGAGCACAACAAAGUGAUAAUGAUAAAAAAAUAGUGAUGAAAUCAGCAGACCAUAAUAACUUGGAAAUUGUUGUCACUAAUGGCUAUGAGAAAAACGACUUUGUUCAGAAUGACCUUCAUACCACUUCUUCUCUGAGUGACGAAAGCAUUGAAGAAAUAAAACCUCUCAAAGAGCAACAUUGUGAAAAAACUGGAAAAACGACUGUCGGUCUUCACCAAGAUAUAAAUGGUGAUCAUGUGGAAGAUGUUUCAGGAAUUCAGCAUUUGACCAGUGACUCAGACAGUGAAGUUUAUUGUGAUUCUAUGGAGCAAUUUGGACAAGAGGAGUCUUUAGGCAACUUUUCAUCCAACAAUGGACCCUUUCAACACUACUUGAGUGGUGAUCCCAGUCAGCCCUUGGACAGUUCUGGUUUUCCUGAAGAUACUCCAGUCUCUCCUGCCGGCGCCACCACCGCGGAUGCGCAGCUCGUAGCCGUGGACGGGAGAGGCGAAGUGAAGUGUGGAGGAGAGGAUGGCAGAAGUCAUAGUGGAGCCCCACACCGGGAGAAACCAGGGGGAGAAAACGAGGAAUUCUCGAAUGUCAGAAGAGCGAGAGGACAUAGGAUGCAUCAUUUGAAUGAAGGAGCCAAAGGUCAGAAAAUGGGAAGUGGAGGUGAUGGAGAACGGUGGGGUUCAGACAGAGGGUCCCGAGGCAGCUUCAGUGAGCAUAUCGCUCUUGUGCUCAUGAGAUUACAGGAAGACAUGCAGGAUGUCCUGCAGAGACUGCAUCAGCUGGAAACAAUAACUGCUUCCCAGGCAAACCCGGCAACAAUACAGGCUAGUAGCCAGUCCUCCUCUCCGAGACCAUCCUGGUGGCCCUUCCAGAUGUCUCCUGGUGCAUUGACUUUUGCUAUUAUAUGGCCUAUUAUUGUUCAAUGGUUGGUGCAUAUUUAUUAUCAGAGAAGAAGAAGAAAACUAAACUGAAGAAAAGAUAUUUGACCCAAGAAGACUACUGGACCUGAAUGAUUUUGGAAUGAAAUGGAUUCUAAAUUCACAAGAAUGUCUUAGUUUGUGAUGAUUACAUUUUUCUGUUGUCUAGUAGUUUGGUUUGUGUACAUACAUACAUACAUGUAUAUAUUUUGCACUACACAAAUAAUGUUUUAAGGUCUAAUUUUGCUGAUGCUUGAAUAAUCAAACUUAAGUAUGUUAAAAGUAGCAUACAUAGAUUUACCCUAUCCUUAAACUUGCAGAACAUUAUUAUUGUUUGAUAACUUCCUUAUCCAGUUAUUUCCCAUAUGAAACUAAGCUACUUCCCAAGGUACAGUUGUAGUAAUGAGAGCUGAUUUUUAAGUGGGUAUUUAAUUGUCUAAAUUAAAUGUGAGGAAGAUUUAAAAAAGUAAAUAAAAUAAAUAAAUGUGAGGAAGGAUGCAAACUCGGAGUAACUGAAAUGAACUGAAAUUGGCCUGCCUCCGUAGUCACUGCGUUGCGGCCUGCUGAAGCCUCUUCUCCACAGUAAGCGUUGUGGACCAUCCAGAGCACUAGUUUUCACAGUGGUUCCUGGGUAUGGACAACGCUGACUCGAGGGUCUGGCAGCACUGUUAGGAAGGAGAGUCCUAUGUCCUAGGUUUUACAGCCGUAACCUGCUGAUGAAAAUAACGGGAGAAUGGGCUAAAAGUAGGUGAGAAAAUGAACUCUGAUAAAUAAGGUUUUUAUCCAGUCAAAUACAUUUAUUCCUUUGUAGCCAUUUUUCUGGAACUAAUGAUAUCUAGUUUCUGCUUCAUAGGGUGCUUUCAAAUAUACUGUAAAAACUUCUUUAUACUGUUUUUACAAAAAUAAAACAUGAAAAUGACUUUUCUGCAACUGGAAAACUAUAGAUUGGACUUCUAACCUCAGUGCCUCAGUUUUCCCUUCUGGUAUAGUAUUUGAGAUAGACCUGUUUCUUAGGAGUAUUGGGAAGAUUUGCAAGCUGACAGCCAGAAGCUUCCACAGGGAUAAGAACAUUCCAGGCCCUUUCCUCUAGACUAAGAAAACUUUGCUUUAGCUCCUUGAAGACCUUGUUUAGGAAAUUCUUCUUCUUACCUAUGACUGUGUAACUCCUCUCCCUGUAUUUUCUGCGUAUAAAUAACUCCCAAGCCCACUGCCAUGAAGUCAAUUGCAACUCACCUGGACGACCCUACGUAGAUCAGGUUUCUGAGGGUGUAAAUCUUUACUGGAGCAAAUAGCCUCAUCUUUCUCCUGAGGAGCAGCUGGUGGGUUUGAAUCACCAGCCUUGCAGUUAGCGAUCCAACACUUAAUCCUCCAGCAUCCCUCCUCCCCCAGGGCUCCUUUACAUACAGUGUUCCCAUAGAGAUAACACACACAGCACAUGCACAUAAUACAUGUAUUGUGCAGAGGAAACGUAAUUUGCAAGGGGCUUAUGGUGUUUGCAAAAAACACACCACACGUUAUUUGCUUAAAAAUAUAUAUGUAUCUUGUGCUUUAACAAGUUCUCUGAUUGAAAGGCUUUUCUGAGCACUCUUAAUUAUAUACAAUGCUGGGAUUAGCAUCAUGUGUUCAGGGUAUUUUGAGUGAAAGAAAGAAGUAAUCCAUCCUUCGUAAAAGGAGGUUCUUCUGUUUGCCUGAAGAAAACUGUGUACGGAUACAGUAUGCUGACCUCAAGAUUUUCUUUCCUUUUGUGUAACUUGAUUUUUUGAAAGAACUUUCAAAUUUCAUUUGAUCAGUAUGUGUCUAUCUAAAGGGAUCUACUGAUACUUGCUUUUUAAAAACAAUGUUUAGAAAAAGAAUCUAGUAACUGAAUUCCAUGUAAAAAUAAAGCUUACUCCUGUGGAUCAGGCAUUAUUUUAAAAAUUAGCUAUCUGGUGUCAGAAAAUGGAGGCUUUUCUCUUCGUCUAUAAAUAAAUAAAGUGCAAAUUCAGAUUGUAAACAGUUGUGAUUCAUUAAAAAAAAGCAGCCAGGGGUAAUUAAUUCUUAGGGAUAACCACUUGUAUCUUUAUAAUUUGAAAAGCACGUUGCACACAGUUCUUGUAUAUAAAAAUUAAGAUGUAAUUAUAGGGUGUAGUACUGUUCCUUUGGUGAACGAGCCUCAUUUUAAAUAGACAACUAUGGUAAUUUUUUUAAUGAUCUCCGUUUCUGUUUCUUUGUUGUGAAACUAAGUUAAAAAUAAAUGAUUAAUGAGA